AUGAUUUGCAUUGCAUAUCAUGGAUUCGGCUCCAAUCAUGGAAUCAUAAAGGCUACGGUGGACCUCCUCAUCAACAACAACAACGAGACAUUGAAACACAAGAAGUCGGAGGAGGAGGAGGAGGAGAAGGAAGGAGGAGGAGGAGGAGGAGGAGGAGGAGGAGGAGGAGGAGGCGGCGCCCCUAAUAGGGCGUUUUUCUUUUUCUUUUCGACUACCCUUGAGGAAGUUACCAUUGCCAAGCAGCCGCAUCGUAAGCGUUUCCAAGAUCCUGAGCGACUAGCGGAGCAAAACAAACAGCCUCCGACCCGAAGGAUAAUGAAGAACUCCAGCAUAGGGCAGUUCGUCAUCCUCUCUUAA